AUGGGCAUUCAACUGCGAAAGCUGAUGCGCUCUCGCGUGAUCGUUGUGUUUGGCGCUACCAGUCGCAUUGGUCGUUCCGUGUUAGAAGUUCUGGCUGCUCAAGAUCAGGUUUCUGUCGCGCUUGUGGCCGCAGUCGAAAGCGCCAAAGAUACACGAGUGCAGCGACUGAAGUCCGCGACAAACAGUUAUAUCGUGCAGUGCAAUUUUGCUCAAGGUGGUGAGGACUCACUUCGCCGUGCUGUGCGUAAUGCGGAUGCCGUACUCCUCGUUCCCGCACUUUCCGAAAGUGGAGUGCGUUUUUCGCGGCGUGUCAUCGAUGCUGCUGCAGCUGAGCAGGUCCCACGCCUCGUCGUGAUCAGUAGUAUCUUGGCAUCGCCCGAGCUGCUAGGUCGCUGCCGUCAAGAACACGCGAAGGAACGACCAGCAACUGAAGCUAUAGGCUCGACAUCUACCGAUGUUGCCGCUCUGGAAGGUUACGAGGCGGUGGAAGUUCAUGCGAGAAACCAGUUACCUGAACAUGGUCGUUGUGUGUCGCUGCGGAUCCCUCUUCUCAUGGAAACGCUGCUUUACUGUCGUGAUGAACUACUCUUCGCAAAUCGAUUUGUCGGGUGCUAUGAGCCGGACACGCACGUGCCCUGCAUUUCGGUUCGUGAUGUCGGAGUUGCAGCAGCCGAGGUGCUGGCGAAUCCGAGACGGAAGUACGAGGCGGUGUAUCGCUUGACUGGAGGGAUCAAUGUGAGCUGCAGCCCCAAUGAAUUAGCUCACACCCUGAAGGGCCACCUCGGACGAGACAUAAAGUACCGCAAGUUGAGCGACGCCGAUUUCCUUCGUGUCAUGGAGGAGAAAGACGCCCCCGUCCAAGUGGCUCAAGGCACGGUCGGACUUCGGAUAUUCCUCGAAGAACGAGAGAGCCACGAGGAAGAUGUGAGCACCAGCCAGGAAAAGUCAUCGAGUAAUACCCGAGAGGAGGGACCUCGCUCGCUGCAUUUGCCUGACGCCUUCCGCAGCACGAGCAACUUUCGGCAGCUUACCAAGCGAGAUCACACAACCCCUCGACAAUGGCUGCAGCAGCAUGCGACUUCGUUAUUCGCGCGCACCCCGCAGAACCAAGUGCAGUUGUUCGUUGUGGGCUCCGGUGAGGCCCUGUUCCUCGAGGUGAGCAAGUUUGUGGCGAGUCAGAUUACUGCUCCGUCGUCGCUUCCGCCGCGUGAUGUGGGUGAGAGUGCUGUCCCAACCGUCCUUUCUGGUCGUUCCAACAGUGCAGGCGAUUAUAGUGGCCUUGCGCAGGCCAAAGUCACGCUGUGUACUGUCAAGUCGGCCCCAGGGAGUGUCGAACGAAGCAAGUCGUUUGGCAUACCGUCACCACCGGCAGUAUAUCAGCUCGAAGGUGCUCCACCGUAUCCCAUGGACGAUUUGCUUAAGCAACUCUCAUCUUUGGAUGUCGUGCUGCUCAUCCCUCCGCUCAGACUUGGUGGUAGGGCUUGCCUGGACGUGGUGCGCGCCGUGGUUCAUGCAGCUGCGCGUGCAAACGCUUGGGGUGUGGUGCUGGUGAGCUCGAUCUUUGUGGGUUCGCCCACUCUACAGCAAAGCGUGAUACUUGAGCAACUCGAAGAAAUUGAGGGUUGCGUGAAGUCUUCAGGCGUCUCGUACACGAUCUUGCGUCUUCCGCUGUUCAUGGAGUAUUUCUUGGCGCUGUCGUGUUGCGACGAGGUGGGAAGCCUGGACGAAGAAAAGCGCGAGCUGCCUUUUCGUGAUGAAGCUAAAUUCGAAUCCGAGGUGGAGGCCCGAACGCAGGAUGAAGUGGAGGCAGGAGAAAUUAAGGCGAUGGUGUCGUCCCCUCCGUCGCACAUCAUGUGGCCGCUAUUGGAGCCAUCGCUGGCGUCUGCGCGAAUUUAUCUCAUGUCUCUAGAGGACGCUGCCAAGGCUCUUGUGGCUGCUGCUUUCACGUUUCCAUUGCAUCGUGGAAAGACGAAGGAGCUCUACACCUCAAGCGUAACGAUGACGGACGUCCAGCGAAUUCUGCAGCGUCACGCGAGUAAGGCCCGUCCCGUGCGUUUGAGUCGCGUGGAUGCGUUGAAAGAGAGACAAGGCCGCGAAUUCUGGCGUGUUGCAUACUGGCCUCGAGCGCAUACACAGCAGUUCCUUGAGUGUGCGGUGGAGUUUGCAAGAGAUGUGCGUACAGCUGCCGAUAGCGCAGCUAUUGUCGGAGGCGACGUUGACACGAGUGCGAUGGUGCUGCCUGUGUCGCAGAGUUUUGAAGACCUUACGGACAUCCGGCCACGCACAUUUGAUGAAUGGGCUGAAGAGAAUUCCAAGCGUUAUACGCAGCUGCUUGCGGCUCACUGA